CAUACGUCGUUUACUUCCCGUACGUUGCAAACAAUUGACCUUUUUUUUUUUUUUUUUUUUUUCUUCCUGUCAAAAAAUAAAGGGGCUUUUCGAUCUACAACUUCCACCACUACCUAAAAUAUAGAUAGAAAGUUAUGGGCAGGAGAUACCUAUUGUUAAAUUAUCAUCAGCCGUCGAAACGGAAGAUCCCUGCGUUUCCAGUUUCAAGUUUCCGCGUUGACAAUCACCCCCCGUAGUUUUAAUACCGGUAAAAAAAAACGCUACCUCUCUUAGGAAUUUAUUAUAUCUACAACGGCAUUUCAGAUAAAUAUGUGGAGAUGAUUGCGUGUACGCCGAAACAACAACAACGUCUAUUCUUCUUCAAAAGACAACAGAUACAUAGCAUAUACUAACAUACAUAUGUAUGUUUACUAAUGACUUAUCUCUAUUCUUCCCUUCCCAGCAACUUAUCCCCUGAAUACCUCUUAAACAGCCUUAAAUAAUCCAGCUCUUCCCCCCCUCCUCCAUUUUAUUUUAUUCUAUUUUAGUACCUACCUAGGUAUUUAAUGGCCGGCCGGCUCAGCCAGAAGAUCCUAGGCCACCUCGGCCCCCUAUUAAACAGCCACGACAACGCGACGGCAUCUCCUCCCACCCCCUGGCGCAUCGACAGCAACGAAACCGUCCUGCACCCCGCGGGCGGGACCUACCCUCGCCUGUGCCGGCUCGCCGACGGCGGCCUGCUGUGUCUGACGACGGGGUUCCAGGGCCCCGGCCGCCGCGAGCACGUCCUGCAGGUCUCGCGCAGCGUCGACGGCGGGCGCACGUUUAGCCCCCACGGCGAAGUCGCCCGCGGCGUGGGCGAUAUCGACAACGGCUUCCUCAUCGAGGUUCCUCGCUCGACGGUGGCUGGGAACAAUGGCCCUGUUGUUCUCGCUGCCUUCAGGAACCACGACCGCGUGCCUGGGCACAAGCCCUCGCAUUUUCGCAUCACCGUAUGUCGCAGCGAAGACGGCGGGCGCUCGUGGCGCUUCGCAUCUCAAGCCGCGGAGCACAGCGCAGCAAGCAGCCACGGCCUAGGCCUCUGGGAACCCUUCAUGCGCCUCGGCGGGAGCAGCAGCAGCAGCAGCAACAACAACACGCCAGAAGUCCAGCUGACGUAUUCGCGGGAGCUCGCGCACGACGACCAGGAGACCUUCCGCGUGGAUUCGGUGGACGGGGGGCUGACGUGGAGCAGCCCGCCGCGGUGUCUGCGGUGCCACUCAGCGCACGAGAAUCUGCGCGACGGCAUGCAGGGGAUCGUGGGCGUCGCCGCGGCGGCGGCGGACGGGUCGCGGCAGGACGACCUAGUCGUCGAGGCGCAGGUCGUCGUGUUCGAGACCACACGGCACGGGACCUUCAGCGUCGAGUACGCGGUCUCGUACGACGGCGGGCGGACCUGGGGGUCGCGGGGCGUGGUGUACCGGCCGAGGCCCGGGCGCAACGCGGGCGCGCCGCAGAUCGAGCGGUGCGGGGACCGCGGGUUGGUCGUCAUCUUCAUGACGGACGAGGAGGCGGACGUGCCGGCGUGGCCUGGGAAGGCCGCUGUCAAGGCCGUGUUCGCUGAGGGUUUGGACGGAGGCAGGAUACGUUGGGGAGAGCCCACACUUGUCCAUAAGGCGCCUUCUUUUUGGCCUUCCAUCAUUAGUCUUGCGCCGGACGAGCUGCUGGCUGUCUACGAGCACGGUGGAAGACCGCUGGGGAAACGCAUAUAUAUUGGUUAAGUGUAUCUGUAGGUUGGGCGUAUCGCGGCAUAAGCAAAUUGUGUAGCUGAUAGAUACUCUUUGACAGAAGAACCUUUAAUAACUAAUAGAUUAACCAACGCUGAACAUAUCAUUGGUUUCGCAAUCCCUUGCUACUCAGUCAAAGUUGAACGAGCUACGAAAGGGGUAGUGUUGCCAGUGGGGACAUGCCGAAUUCUCAUUUAUGAGCAUCCAGUGAUAAAAUUUAACUUGUUUUUUUUUAUUCUUCGUAAUGCAUUAGGUA